UUGUGGUAGCUAGCAAACAUGUUGGCGGAGAAAAAUGAAGCAAUGAAAAUGUCAAAAGAAGAAAAAGAAAAAGAUAUAUAAAUUAAUUCGAAAAAUCCAACGCAUUUUGAACGAAAAAACACAAAUGGUUAUAAAUUCAAGCGAACGCACGGACAAGCGGAUAGCAAACAUGUGUAUUAAACGAAAUAAAAUGAACGAAAUGAAGACAAAGCGUUGAAUUCCUAUAAAAAGCAUCUUUAGCUAGCGAACAAAGUUUAAUCAGUUAAAAAAGCUCGACAAGUUGACAACUGCCUGCCGCCUUACUCGAUUAGACGAUCGUGUGAUUGCGAAAAAGAAAAAAAUAAUAAAUAAUUAAUAAAACAUUCAUAAAAAACGGAUGAAAUAGAAACACGAAAAACGAUGAGCUCGCGAAAGUAAAUAUACGGUCAAUAACGGACACUCAAGUUGGCCUUAGAACGCGCGCGCAAAACGAAACGGUGUGUCAAUAAAGGAGUUGCCAGACACUUGCUUAUCACUGCUGCAUGCUAGUGUGAGCGUUUGUGUUUACUGUAGUGACUUAAUGAUUGCACAGUGUCAACAGAAGACCCACGCAACAAACUUGCAGUGCAAAAGAUAAAGUUUUGAAAAAAUUUUACGAGUGACAAAAAUUGCAACGAAACUAUUGGUGUGUGUGUGUGUGUGUGUGUUAUUUGCCAACUCUUACAACGACAUUUGAAAAGCGUUGAAAUUUCGCUGCAGCGCUCACAUACAAACAAGUAUUUGUCGUCGCAUAAACUGAGCUGCAAGCCGAGCUUAUUCCAAAAUGUGGCACUAUACCCCCGCAAUAUGCCUGUGCACCGCACUCGCCGUCAUGCAUGCCGCCCGUGCCGCACAGCGUCCCAAUUACGUGCCCCCGCAUUACUAUCACUACCCGACGCCGCGCUAUCCACUCACCAUACCCGCCAAUGUGGGCGCAGCAGCGCCGGAACACUAUCAAUUCCAACAACAGCACUCUCGGUAUGCGCAGCAACGUUAUGUGCAACCGCAACAACAACAAUACUACCGAAACGUACAACCAUCCACCAAAGUGGCGCAGCAGUUCUCCUCGUCUGCGCUGGAAAAUGUCGCCUUCACCUCAGCCCUGACCAGUCAGGGUUACACUUAUGGCGGCAAUGUUCUUGCGGCAGCUUCAGUGUCAGCGGCGCGCGCGCUACCCUCAGCGCUGUCGUUGCCACCAUCCAUUGCGCAGACCCUCGAGUCCAGCAAUGAUAUUGCGUCGGAAGGCGCCAUCGAUUCAUCGGAUGCUUCCGUAAAUCUGAAACUACCGCUACCCAUCAAUAUAGCGCCAAUCAAGGUGCAACCGUUGCCGUUGCAGGCGGGCACUUCCUUCAGCGAGCUGGCCAACGCGGUUACUUCGUACGGCACCGUUUAUCCGCAACGCAAGCGCCGAUGAAACACUUAGCCGUUUUAAUGCGCUGCCUUAUGUUGCGCUGGUGCAAAAGAGGCUGGUUAAUUCGGAGCUAAAUUCAUAAAACUAGCAACAACAACAGCAAUAGCAAAGCAAUUUAAAUUUUUAUAUAGUGAUUUAGCUGAAGACCUAGGCGCUGCUCAUCAUCAAUCACCAGUCAUAGUUUUAGUUCUACGACGCGGAGCGGUGCUCUGCUCUGCCAUUAAAUAUAAGUAACUGUUAAAUUUAUUUCUUUCACGAUUGCCAACAUACAUACAUACACACGUUCAAUAUAAAAGUGAGGAUGCAGCCAAAAUUGUACUCUUUUAGGCGUUUUACUCUGCGACACAUAAUUUUGUUUUUUUUUAAGGAACUGUGUAUUGUUCAUAAAAUGUUUAAUGUAAAUUUCUUUAUAGUUCCAAAUUUUUAUACAUUUUUUUUAAUAUAUUUUAUUAAUAGUUUUAUUUUGUUUUUAUUUUAUUUUUUUUUUUUGUAUAUUAUUUAAUCUUUUUUGUUUUAUUAUUAUACUCUCGCAACAUGUUGCUACAGAGUAUAUUAGUUUUUUUUUAAAUUACAUUUUUUUUAUUUUUGUUAAAAUAUUUUAUUUGUUGAAUUGUUUAUACUCUUUUACUCUUUUUUUCCUAUAAAACUAUGUUUAUUAUUUUCUACUUUUUAAUUAUUUAUUCUUCAAAAUAAUUUUGCACAAAUUUUUUUCUUUUUAAAUUUGGUUUGUACAUAUUUUUAAAUAACGUUUUUGUUCACUUUUAUUUUUUUGAAAAUAACUUUAGCUAAAUAUAACUGUUUUGUGUCACUCUCAUUUUGUGUGCUUGUAGCUUUACAAAUGGUUGAUUAAAAUACUUGCCAUACUAUUUACAUAUCGACAAAAAAAGAAAUAUACAAAAAUCUCAAACAAAAAAA